AUGUCGGCCAGCGGCAAGUUCGUGUCGCUGAACUGGAACGUGUCGGGCGGCGGCGCGUUUGCCUUGCUGCCGCUCGCUUCGCCUGGCAAGCUGCCCGAUCUGUACCCCCUCUGCCGUGGGCACACGUCGGCUGUGCUGGACACGGCUUUCAGUCCGUUCGACGAUGAGGUCAUUGUCAGUGGUGGUGACGAUGCGCAUCUAUCGCUGUGGCGUGUCUCUCCGGACGAUGUUGUCCAGCGCCUUGACGCCGCCAAAGACACUGGUACCAUCACCGACAUCAAGCCGCAGGCAAGUUUCCUGGCCGGCAAGCGGCGUGUGGGCCAUGUCGAGUUCCACCCGACGGUAUCCAACGUCGUUGCCGCAGCUACAGGUGACCAUGCUAUCAAGCUGUUUGAUAUGGAGAAGCAGGUGGCGCGCACCACGCUCGGCGGCUUCACUGACUCGAUUCAGUCGAUGGCAUUUGACCAGACAGGUAGCGCAAUCGUCGCGACGUGCCGCGACCGCAAGCUGCGUCUCUUUGAUACGCGCGCGCCAGACAGUGUGGUGACAACCGAUGGUCACGGUGGUAUCAAAGGUGCGCGUGUGGUGUGGUGUGGCGACAAGCCGCGCCUUAUCACGACUGGCUUCAGUAAAAUGUCGGAGCGCCAGAUGUUCCUGUGGGACGCGGCGCAGUUGAACAAGCCCAUCAAGACAGUGUCGCUGGACAGCAGCAAUGGCAUCAUCAUGCCGUUCUGGAGUGAUAACGGCAUUGUGUUCCUGGCAGGCAAGGGCGACGGCAAUAUCCGCUACUAUGAGCUGGAGUCGGACGAGCUGCACUAUCUCGCCGAGUACAAGUCGAUCGAGCCUCAGAGUGGUAUGGCCUUCCUUCCGCGCCGCGCGCUGAAUGUGAACGAGAAUGAAAUUGCGCGCGUGUACAAAGUGACCAACGCACUGAUCCAGCCUGUGUCGUUCUAUGUGCCGCGCAAGUCGGAAUCGUUCCAGGCCGAUAUCUUCCCGCCUGCGCCGUCGAUGGAGCCGGCUAUGACAGCUUCCGAGUUUUUCGAUGAGAAAAAGACGAGGACGCCGAACCUGAUCAAGAUGGAGGACAAGCGGACCAUAGCCGGCGCGGCGGUGCCGCCGCUGUCUAUGGCAGCGUCGAGUGAGGCGCCCAAAGCACCUGAGGCCCCGAAGGAGCCUGUCGAGGCGCCUAAAGUGUCCGAGACCCCGAAGGAGCCGGUCGAGGCGCCCAAAGCAUCCGAGGCCCCGAAGGAGCCUGUCGAGGCGCCCAAAGCAUCCGAGACCCCAAAGGAGCCUGUCGAGGCGCCCAAAACAUCCGAGACUCUGAAGGAGCCCGUCGAGGAUCGCAAGGGACCCGCUGAGGCACCCAAGGAUCCCAUCAAGGCUCCCGAAGAACCUGCCGAGGCCCCAACGGCCGACACACCCGAGGAUGCAUCCAAAGCCGCUCAAGCCGAGACGGUGACCGCGGCUGUACAUGCAGCGCCAACAGCUGCAGCGCCUGCUGACGGCGGUGCGACCGCCGAGUUGGACCAGCAGCUAGCCGACCUACGUGCACAACUAUCGGAACGCGACACGCGUAUUCGCGAGCUAGAGAUGGAGAACCUCAAACUUCGCACGAACCAGACGCGCCUGCGCGAAGCGCUGCUCGGUACGCUGUAG